AUGUCUGUUCCUCCCUCCUGGACCCGGCAUCCAUGUCCUGUCCUGCUGCUGACCCUCCUACUGGGACUCGCAGAGCUGGCAGCUGAACCAGAGCUGCAGGUGAUUCAGCCUGAGACGUCAGUGUCUGUCGCUGCUGGAGAGUCGGCCACUCUGCACUGCACUGUGACCACCCUGCACCCCGUGGGGCCCAUUGAGUGGUUUAAGGGGUCAGGACCAGACCGGGAGACAAUCUACAAGUUCAAAGAAAGCCACUUCCCCCGAGUCACAAAUGUCUCAGAUACCACACAGAGGGACAACAGGGACUUUUCCAUCCGCAUCAGGAACGUCACCCCAGCAGAUGCCGGCACCUACUACUGUGUGAAGUUCCUAAAAUCCAGCAAUGAAGACAAGGAGUUUCAGUCUGGACGAGGCACCGAGCUGUCUGUGCGAGCCAGACCUUCUCCCCCCGAGGUGUCGGGUCCUGCGACCAGGGCCACACCUGGGCAGACAGUGAGCUUCACCUGCGAGUCCCACGGCUUCUCCUCCCCCAUCAUCAUCUUGACCUGGUUCAAAAAUGGGAACGAGCUCUCCCACAUCCAGACCAGCGUGGACCCCGCAGGAGAAAGCGUGUCCUACAGGGUGUCCAGCACAGCCCAGGUGACCCUGGCCCCCGGGGACGUCCACUCUCAGGUCAUCUGUGAGGUGGCCCACAUCACCCUGCAGGGGGAACUUCCUCUUCGUGGGACUGCCAACUUGUCUGACACCAUCCGAGUUCCGCCCACUGUGGAGGUCACCCCACUGCCCACAAUGGCAGGGAAUCAGGUGAACGUCACCUGCCAGGUGAAGAAGUUCUACCCCCGGAGCCUACAGCUGACCUGGGUGGAGAAUGGAAAUGUGUCCCGGACAGAAACGGCCUCGACCCUCUCAGAGAACAAGGACGGGACCUACAACCUGACCAGCUGGCUGCUGGUGAACCCGUCUGUGCACAGGGAGGACGUGACCUUCACCUGCCGGGUGGAGCAUGAUGGGCAGCCGGCCACCACCAGAAACUGCACCCUGCAGGUCUCUGCAGGCUCCAAGGAGCAUGGCCUGGACCACGCCCCCUCUGAGCAGAUGCCAAGAAUUCCCUCACUGAAGUUAGACAGCAAGUCCACUCCUGGUGAAAGGGUGAACAACGGCACCUCCACCACAGGAACAGUGAAGUCCACACUUGCUUCAUAUCUCGUAGCCCUGUUCCUGGGCCCCAAGAUCCUACUGGCAGUCGGUGUCUCUGCCAUCUUCAUCCACAGGAAGCAGAAGUCCUGACUAUCCUUCCUCACUCCCUGCUACCUGUGACCCUCAGUCUCUGCCACCUUCUUCCUGCUCCUUGGUGCUCAGCCUGAGAGAAGGAGCCUUCAAGAAGCCUCUGUAGACUCUGCUCCAAAUGCCUCCCUCCCAGCACACCCACAGCCCACAGGCCCCUGUUGCUCCUCUGGUCAGUCCUUGAUGCCCCAUGACUGAGUCUGCACUCAUGGUCCUGAGCAGGGACCUGGGACCUGCCUCUGGGCAGCAGCUCAGAACACAUCCUAGAAUGUGAUGAACAAGCCCCUUUGAGCAGGUCAGGAUGGCUCUCCUCCACUGCCUUGGGGUGGCCAUCAAGCACCCCAUGUCCUCGCUGUCAAGGGUCAUCCUGCCUUCUUUUCCUGCCUAACCCUCCUCCCCAACCUUCUUGAAGUUCCCACAUGAAACUCAUUCUGGUCUAAUAAGAAUAAUUAUUCUCUUACUU